UAUUUAACAUCGAAAUAUACAUAUAAAUAGAAAUUGUGUCAUAAAAAUGAGUCAAUUGUUACAACGUAUCAAAUAUACCGAAAGCACUUAACGUUGCUAAUGACAACAAAUAAUUUUCUUUCUCCCUUCUUUCCAGUGAGUUUUGUGCAUGACUUUCAGGAGUUGUUUAGUAUAUCAAUGUUUUUAUUUAACAUUGAAGAAGGUUGGAGUAAAUAAGUCAGAGAAAUGGAUGAACGUCACUGGUGGGUGGCUGCUAAAAUACAGCAAACGUUUAAGGUUGGUAAAACAUUCCAACCAGAAGUUUUUGAGUCGUAUUUGUCGCAGGAAAAAAUUCUCGACCAACUUGAUAAAUUUUUUGAGGUGGAUUCCCCAAAGUACUUAUUUGUAUACAGAAAUAGAAAAGCAACUGAAAACUCGGACAUAACUUCCUCUCUCGUAUUAAGCACAGAAACUUUGUCUUCUCUGGCAGAGUCAAUUGCUGAAAAAGACUUAAUAUUUCUUUAUUUCCUCAGGAAAAAUACAGAUAAUGUAAUAGCUGAAAGUUCUAUCUGCAAAGAAAUUCUUUGUGGUGAGAUCAAAGGAAACCCAUUGAAGAUCUUUUCUCUGAAAAUGUCGGAAAUAUUUUUACCGUUUUUCAAAAAUUCUAAAAACUGGAGUAAUUGUUGCGAAGACAGACAAAAGACUCUUCUACAGAAUAUAGAAAAAUGUUCAGAAGUUUUGACUGAAUCUGGCAAGCAUUUGCCAAUAAUGCAAAUCCUGAAGGUGCCCCCUGAAAUAAUGACAGUAGAACAACGUAUGUGUACAUCACCCACCAAAGUGUAUGAUAUGGAGAAUAAAGAACAGAUUCUAGCUGAAUGGAUUGCUAAUAUUGAAACAAUUGUUUACAGUUCAGAUAAGAGGACAUUGGAGAACAACUUGGGUCUACUGAGUGAACUGAAGAAAUGGAAAAGGAAGUAUGAAAUACUUGAAAACAUAACUGAACAACUGAAAAGUAAAGAAUGUAAAUCCGUUAUUUCAUGUCUUGUUGCUGGACGCUCUAAAAUGUUAAGAAAAUGGAAAUUCGUAGAUUCUGGGAUCUCUGAAGCAAUAAAUGAGUCAAGAGAUAAAGUGAAAUAUUUAGAGUUUAUUAAAAGUCAUUUACUGGAAUUACAAAAUACAUGCUGUCCAGAAUUUGUGAUGCACACUGUAAUACCAAAUAUCAUUGCUGCCAUUAAAAAACAGGAUUCUCUAACAAGACAUUUUGCAAGAUCUGGUUUCUUGACACUUCUUUUACAAAAGAUUGCCAACCAACUAGCUAUUAUAAUAAAGAAGUUUAUCAAGCUGUGUACAACAAGCCCUGAUGGAGAAGAUAUAUUUGGGAAACAAAUCUUACAAAGUUGUUCUUUACAGCUGCAAAAGAAAAACAUUGGUAGCAAAGAUAAGGUGCAAGUUAACAAAACAGUGACAGAGUCUCUUUAUAAACAGUUAAAUACUUGUAUUCAAAUGACCAACUCCUUCAGAGAUUCAAUCAUGUUGCAAUCAAGUAUUUUUGUUCACCAAGGAACUUCUUUGGCUGCAAGAAGUGCUUCUCAUAUUUCUCUGCAGCCAUAUCCAAAUCUCAAACUACAAAGAGCAUCAACAACAAACAUCAAUGAUUUCUACCGAACAAUGAAAGGAAUUUCCUUUUAUGAUGAAGAAGCCAUAUUUUCAAACCUAGAUCCAUUAAUUCAUCAAAUGAAGAAAGUUAUUUAUAUUAUUGAAACAUUUUCACAAUUUUCUCUUUUAACAAAGUUAUCUGUUAGUCUUCCUCUUUUUAAAAGUGAAGAUUUAGAAACUGAAAAGAAAGCAAACAUUGAAAUGAUGAAUGAAGACAGAUCUGCAGUUUUUCAACCUAUGCAUGACAUCAUAGAGCAUAGCCUUCCAGCAGUUAAGGAAGAAGAUACACAUGAGGAAAAGGAAAAUGAGGAAAAAAUGAAAGAAAUAUGUGAGAUCACGAAAAGAAACAAUUUCCUGCAUCACAAAAAGGAAUACAAUUCAAAUGACUAUAUUUUAAAAACAUAUUUUGCUGAUGAAGAAAAUUGUUCUAUUUUGUUGAAUGUAUUUGGUAACACAAUGAGAAAUCUAACGAAGAUUGUUCAAAAGAUAACUACAGCCGAUGUAUUGCAUACUGAUUUAGAUGACUCUGGUGAGCUCAACAAUUUAUAUUGUGGAUUCCAAUCAAUUAUUACAGAAAGUGAAUUACUAAUAGGAAGUUAUUUGGACGCUGUAUUCAGAAAAGAUCUAUCAGUAGAACAAUCACUUGACAUACUUGACAGAUUUUCAAGUGUAUCUAAGAGAACAGCAUUGGUUCCUAAGAUAGAAAGAUGUUAUGUUAAAGUCUUCAAUCAUUAUGCAUCUGACUUACUGGAACAAUGUGAUAUUUUUCAGCAAAAUAAGGAAAAUCCUCCGAUGCCUAGGAAUUCUCCAAAAGUAGCUGGAACCAUUCAAUGGUGUAAAUUCACUCUGAAGAAAAUCAAAUACCCCAUGGAAAUUUUAAUGGACAUUUGUGUAGUACAACAAUUACCACAUUUCUCUAAUUUUGUAAAGAUUUAUAAUGAAAUAAUCACAACUAUUCAAGACUUUGAGAGGAAAACAAUUGGUAGUUGGAUAAAAAAUUUGGUAAAUGUUGUUGAUGGACUCAGUGCUGCUCUUCUCACUUACCAUCUUGAAUCCAAAGAACUCCAUAUUAACAUUGAUCCAAGGUUACUAAUUGCUAUUGAAGAGACAAAAUCAAUGGUUAAAAUGGGACUUCCGAUACCAAAAAAUGCUAAAGCAAUUCUUCUGCAAGAGGACAAAUUUAAGAAUUAUAAAAUGCAUUUGGAAUUGUGUAUCCAUGAAUUCGACGAAACAAAAGGCAUUUUGCCUAAAAUUUGGCAACAGUUAUUCAAAGAACAUUAUUGCCAAAUGUCAAGAGAAUUCCAGCCAGGACUUAGCUCUUUAUCUUGGAAUAGCUUGAAUAUUGAUGCAUUUUUGUGCACAAUACGAUCUGCUGGAUACAAACUUAGGGACAUGACACAUGGUGUCCAGAAAAUUAUUUGUAACCAAAUUGAUGAGGUUAUUGAGCAGAUAGAAGACAUCUCUUUAUUCUCAAUGGAUGAGUGUACUCUCAAGCAUCAACAUUAUGAAGAUGUUCAGAAAACCAUGUCCAUGUCCAUUGAGUUUCAAACUGAAUCUCUGAAUAACCAUAUUCACACAAUGCAGAAUGCAAUACAAGACAUCUUAGAUAUAGUGACUGCAACAAGAAUUAGUCCAAAAUAUGGGUCAAAGGGUACAGCAGAAGACAAAGUGAAUGCUGAAAUUAAUGAGUUAUUAGAGAAAGACAAGAAUCAUUUAUCAAAGAAGAUAAUUGCAUAUUACAGAGAGAAGUUAUAUCAUGCAGUGGAGAAAGUUAUCCUCAGAUCCUUGGUAUUUUUGCUAAAGUUUGUGAGUUCCAUUGAAGAAAAUGAUUCUCCAAGAUUUCAUUCUUCUCCAAUAGAAACAGCAAAUCUACUGGCAGAAAAUUCAGAUCUCAGAUAUGGAACAUAUUUACUUAUCAACAGUGUACUGGUUUAUAACAUACCUGAUUUUGCUCUGAACCCACCUGCUGCAGUCAUUAGCAAUAUAAUUAGAAAUAUUGCUUUGAAGAUCAGAGAUAUCAGUAAAGGAAUCCCUUUAAUUGAUAUAUUUGACAACUACUUCCACGAUAACAUUAUGAAGAAUGAAAGAAUCAAUGAUGUCUUCAAAGCAAUUGAGAAGUCACUGUCAGCCAAUGAAAAUCUUGAGAGAACAUAUGUUCAAAGUUUCAACAGAUAUGAUUUCCUCUGGACAAGAAACCGUUAUGAAAGUUUUGAUGAAUUCUUAACUACUAAUCCAAAUAAAACUGAAAUUCAGAACAAAAUUGAAGAAUUUAUUGUAAUGGAAAAGGAACUGGCAAGAAUUCCCCAAAUAAUGAAGAUAGGACUUUUAUCUGUAAAGUCUGAUCCUGUGAAACAGUCCUUACAAGCCCUUCUUCUUAGCUGGAAAACUGUCUUUGCUUCAGUUUUACACACAGAUGCUUAUAGCAUGUUAAAGUUAGCUUGCAUUUACAGAAGACAGGUUUUUGAGGUCCUCAGUGUUCCAAUUAAGACAUUAGAACAAUUAAAUAAUAUAUUGUAUGUUUUGCAACAAAUAAGAGAUAUGCAGAACAAAAUUGAUCAAAUUUAUUUACCAAUUGAAUUGACCUACCACAAGUUGUUGAAAUAUUCUGUGCCACUCCCUCGGUCUGAAAUUAAAGAAGUUGAAGAUUUACGAAACAACUGGAAUUAUCUCAUUGAAUUAGCUGAAGCAACUGAAAAAUAUAUUUUUACUGAUAAACGGCUAACAUUUGAGCAGGAAAUCCAACGUGAAAAUAUGGCAUUUGUUGUUAAAGUAAUGCAGUUCAGAAAUUCUUUUGAUGGUGAAGGUCCCAAUAUCCCAGAUUCAAGUCCUGAAGAGACUGUUGAGAGAUUAGAUAAAUUUCAGGAGGAAUGUUUAAACCUAAAGAAGGAAAGGGAGAUACUUGAAACUGUAUCUAAAACAUUUGGAGUGUCAAUUGAUACAUUUAUAGAACUUGACCAAACUGAAGAGGAUCUGAAGAUGGUAUAUUCAUUGUAUGACCUCUACAUAAGGUUUAUUCAGUUUGAUGAUCAAUUUCAAAAUACCUUGUGGUCUGAUGUUGAUUUCAGAACUGCUGUGAAAAUGGUGGAAUUAUUUUGGGAUGACUACCUAUUAUUGUCUGAAAAGCUUCAAGAGUAUAAUACUUAUCACAGCCUAAAGCCUGCCAUUACAAUGUACCAAGAAACCAUUCCAAUCUUGAAACUUCUUCAUUCAAAGACAAUUCGUAAUCGCCAUUGGUUGCAAGUAAUGGCAGUCACAGAAAAUACAUUUCCUUUAGAAGUAACUGUUUUGAGAUUAUCUCAUCUCUUUAAUAUCAAUCUACCCAGAUAUAAAUCUACAGUUGUUGAAAUAUGCCAUGUGUCCAUGAAGGAAAUGGAACUGGAGACAAUGAUGUCCAAAAUAGAGGAAGAGUGGACAGAGCAAGAAUUGAUCUUCCAGAAUUAUAAAACACUUGGUCCAGUCACUCUGGACCACAUAUUUAUUGAAAGACUCUUGGAGCAGCUGGAAGAUUCUCAAGUUACUUUAGCAAAUAUGCUGACUUCUCCAUAUAUUUCUCCAAUGCAAGAAGAUGUAAACAUGUGGACAGAAAAACUGAAAGAACUAGGUUUUAUUCUGGAAUUGUGGAUUGACGUCCAGAAACUCUGGACACACUUGGAAGCAGUUUUUUCAAAUUCAUCCACAAACAAGGAAUUGCAACAACAAAAUCUAAUAUUUGCGCCUAUAAAUACCAAUUGGUGUAAGGUUAUGGCAAAGUAUGCUGAAAUUAAGAAUGUCUUGCAGGCCUGCUGUGGAGAAAUGCAACUUAAAUCUGUGCUGCUACAUAUACAGGAAGAUCUAGAAUCUUGCUCUAGAUCACUUGGAAACUACUUAGAAAAGAAAAGAAUGCAAUUUCCCCGUUUCUUCUUUCUAUCAAACCCAGUUCUCUUAGCAUCGCUAAGUUGUCCCCAAUCUUUGGAAUCGAUAUUGCCCAUUUUGGGAUCUUUAUUUGGAUAUGUCCAUGAAAUAGAAACUGAAGUACUUGAAAAAAGAAGAGAAAUUUUAUCAGAAUCUGCAGCUUCAGAUAUACAAUUUGACCAAAAUAUAGAAAUUUUUACAACUCCUGAAUUAAGUCAAGAAAUCAAACUGAGAGAAACUGCUGAAAUACAAAUGAUAGCUGUGAAAAGUUUUGAUGGGGAAAAAUUAUUAUUAAAUAAAAAGGUUCCUGUAUGCCAUAGCGUGGAAUGGUGGCUUAAUGAAUUGAAGCAUACUAUUCAUGAUACAAUUGGUAAGAUGAGUCUUAAUGCCAUCCAAGAAAUUACUCAAACUACAAAUCUUGAAGAAUUCAUUGCUAAGUAUCCAACUCAAAUAUGUCAACUUGCUGUCCUAUAUUUAUGGUCCAGAGAAGUAGAGAAAGGAAUUAUGGAAGUGAAGCAUGAACGCAAAGCUUUGUUUAACACCUACAAAAAGUUUUGCACCACUUAUAGCAAGAUCUUGACAUUGUUCAGUCGUUCCUUUUCAAAAAAUUCUUGUGAUGCCAAAUCCACAUAUAUACGAAUCAGAAAUGAAAAGAUUGUAACACAAACUCUCUAUCUUCGAGAUACUCUUAAUACAAUAUGUAGGAAAAGGGUAAAACAUUGCACAGACUUUGACUGGAGACGAUACCUCAAGUGUUACUUGGUAUCAGACAAUGACACAGAACUGAAGCUUCAUUUUGAAAUCCUUGAUCAUCGUCUUGUCUAUGGCAAUGAGUUUUGUGGAAGCAACCCAAGCAUUAUCAUGACUCCUGUGACAGAAAAAUGUUUUUUAUCAAUAUUCCUGGCCCUUCAGAAUCUUCAGCCAGUCUAUCUGGUUGGAACACCUGAUGCUGGAAAGAAGGAAACUAUUAAGAGCCUUGCCAAUGUCAUUGCUCAGUUUUACUAUCUGCUGAAAUGCAACCCACACUUUGAUGCUUCAAGUAUUCAAAGAAUUAUUCAAGGUUCUUCAAUGGAAGGGUGUUGGCUCUGUCUUGCUGAUGGAAACAAGCUUUCACAUAAAUCUUUAGAUGUUGUGAUGGACCAAGUUGCUAUGAUUGUAGAUGCUGUCAGAGUGAACAACAAUGUGGUAGAAGAUAUCUUCAGGAAAUUGACAUAUAAAGUGAAUCCAAGAACUGCUUUUUUUAUGACCGCAGCAUUCUCUGAGGAAUCAAACUGGUACUUUGCUCGGAACAUUAAAUCUGUGUUUCGAACAGUGACACUCCUUAAACCAGAUACUUACUAUAUUUUAAGAGGAUAUUUUAUCUCUGCUGGUUUCAAGUCUGGCAAUAUUUUGGCAGGAAAAUUACUAGAGAUUGUCUCUUUAGCUGAACUUCAACUCAUAUCAUCAGAAUGUCAGAUACCCAGUUUUACUUUGUCAUCAAUGAUUGCCACCAUAAGACGAGCUCAACAAAUUAGAAAAACUCUUGAGGAAAAGUAUGGAGAGAAACCUAACACAGUACGACCAGAAAGUCAGGUGUCAACACCAACCAGCAAAGCAACACCCAGUACCACAUCAAGACAAUCUCAGAUCAGUUUAACAAUAAAAGAGUCUUCAGAAAAUCCUACUAGAGAUAUAGAUCUGUCUACAUUACUGCAAUCUAUUGAGGAGACAUUACACCCAGCUUUAGACAAUAAUGUAUUGAUUAAAUUCCAAGACCUGGUGAGUGCAUGCAUAUAUGGAACUUCUUGUAUACCAAACAAAUCUUCUUUGAAGUCCUUAGAUUUAGAAAACGUUAUCUCUGAAAAAGUAAAUCAAAAGAAUUUGACAGUAAAUGAAGAAUGGUUUGCAAAAUGUUUACAGUUAAAUAAUCUCUCCAAUAACUUUGAUGGUGUUUUAAUGGUUGGCCCUCCUGGAAGUGGUAAGACAACAUGUCUCCAAACUUUGGUUGAAGCUUUCAAUGAAAUCCAGCAAAUAAAAAGUAUUUCCAAGAACACUAUAAAAACAUCACAUUCUAACAAUUAUAAACUUACCAGAAUCAAUCCAAUGUCAUUUGAAAGUUUGGAACCAAUAUUUGGUUGGAUGGAUUUGAAUUCACAAUUCAUUGAUGGAUUUUUUAUGUCAUCUUUCAAGAAAGCAAGCAAGAACAACUUCAAAACCUGGUUUUUGAUAGAUUCACAACUAAAUGAUGACUUGCUUGACCAACUGAGCAGUGUAUUCAACAACAAACAGAUCCAACUGAAAAAUGGAGAUAUAGUUCCAAUAAAUGGCAAUGUGAAAACCUUCAUAGAAACGGACUCCAUAGGCUCAGCAUCACCAAUGACCAUAACUAAAUUGGGUAUGAUCUACUUUGGUGGCCUUGUUACAUGGGAAGCCUUGACCAAGUCAUGGAUCAAAGCAAAGAAGCAUAAAAAUCCUCAAAUUAAUGGAUCCAAGAAUGGAUAUGAUAUUGCAGAGAUUCUAAUGCAAUGUUAUCAGACCAGUAUGGACCCUGUCAUUCAGUACUUCAAGACAGAAAUGGAGCACUCAGUACAUUUUAAUGAAGUUGGUAUGAUCACUACUUCACUUCAGAUACUAACAGUUCUCCUAUCCAACUGCCAUACAGUUUCUAGCGAUACUCAUAUCAAGAAGCUCUUUGUAUUUAGCAUUCUCUGGUCUUUUGGUGGUCAUCUCUCAAGCAAUGACAAACUUCACUUCAAUGAAUUCCUUCAGAAAGUAAGGACCAAUCUAAUACCCGAAGAUGAAAAUGAUGUUUAUUUAUUUGACUAUUUUGUUGAUGAAUCAGGAGAAUGGGAAAAUUGGAACAUCAAAUCACUUGAAGAGUCUCCAGUUAUACAAGAUAACUUCAGCAGAGAAUUUGUAUACACACAAAGAACAAUUCCUAUAAAAUACUUCAUGAAUAACUUCAUACUUCAUGGUUUCCCUUCUUUAUUAACUGGUCCCAAAGGUUCUGGUAAAACAUCAUUAAUUAAUGCUUUGAUGUCAACUUUAGGUUCAGAGGAAUAUGUUUUGAAAAGAUUUGUGUCUAGUGGCUCAACCAAAACAGUACAGCUGUUUGAUUUCUUCAAUAAAAGUAUCAUCCACAGACAAGGUUUCAUCCAUGGAGCAAAAGACAAGAAGAAGCUUGCCGUAUUCAUUGAAGAUAUCAAUAUUCCCAAAAAGGACCAAUUUGGUAUCCAAAGAUGUAACGAGUUUCUACGUCAACUAUUAGAUGGAAAAGUAAUUUGUGACUCAAGUUCACCUUUUGAGAUGAAAUUUAUUGAAGAUCUUUGUUUGAUUGCUGAAAUGACACAUCCUGAGCCUCGUCUAGAACAGUUAAAUCAAAGACUUUUGCGUCAUUUUGCAAUAUUCAAUUUGCCAGAACCUGAAGAAAAUGAUCUUUCAAUAAUUUUGGGGAAAAAACUUGAGACUGCUGUGAAUGGAGAGAACCUACCAAAUAUUGACACAAAACUAUUCAAUAACCUAGUUGAAGCCUCCUACCAACUACUGUCUGGUUUACAGUCAACAUUAAAGCUGUCCUCUUUACCAGGUUCCACACAUUACAUGUUCACCAUUCAAAGUUUAGAACACUGCUUUAAGGGAUUGGCUAAACUUCCUUUGAAGGAAAGGACCAAUGAAAAUUUUAUCAUCUUCUUAUUGAUCCAUGACAUCCAGAAUGUACUGCUGGACUCAGUGUGCAGAAAUGAAGAUCACAACUUCUUUAAGCAGUUAUUAAAAACAGUUGUAAAUGACAAAUGGCCUGACAUUGUUAUCACCACAAAAAAUAUUGGAUACUUUAUCACAAUUCCGUCAAGAAAUAGACCCUCUUCACAUUCACCUCUGCUCAGUAAACCAAUAAAUAAUGUUUUAUAUCAGACUGAAAGUCUGUACUCACUUGAAGCUACCAUUCAAAGACAUAUUGGCAUAUAUAAUUCGGAUCAUCCUAAGAGACCCCUUCAAAUAAUCCCUUCUGAACAUGUAAUUUCCCAAAUUACAAAGGUUCAUCGAGUCCUUACAUGUUCUGACAGAAGUCACCUCCUCUCCAUCAGUAGUGUAGUCAGUGACAUAGUUGACAUCUAUAUGUUAACAUGUGAAAUGACCAACAUUACAACUAUACAGAUGGACUGGUUCACUGGAAAUGAUCUGUUUGAAGUUCUGAAGACUGCAGUCAAACAAGCUGGCAGUUUGAACACUCCUGUUGCCUUCAUACUUAAAGAAAGCAAUUUAUUAGAUCCUCUUCAUCUGGAUUGUAUUAACAAUUUCCUUGUUAUUGAAGAUUACACAACACUUUACUCCACUGAAGAACUUUCCACACUGCUCCAGUCACUUGAACUGCAGUUGAAAAAAGACCAUCUGGAGCGAGCAAUCAAGCCAGUGACUUAUUUCUGCAACAAUGUGAAGAGAAACCUUCACAUUCUUAUCCAUGUAACCCCCUCAAACCCUUUAUUAUCCAAUAUAUACAGAGAAUACCCAGGAAUCUUGAAAAGUUGCCAGAUAAAUUGGUUGCUUGAAUGGUCAGAAGAGACCCUUGUUUCUAUGACAACUCGUUACUUAAAUGAAUCUGGAAUGUUCCAGGAGAACAAUUUAAGGAACCGAAUUAUUAAAUGCCUGACAAAUAUUCAUAAAUUCAUGUUUAAAGAAUAUAACAAAGCACCUUGGACUGGAAACCUUGCCUCGCAUACUGAAAUUGUACAAGUAGAAUCUUCAGAUUGCAACACAGAUCCAGUAAAAGUAUUUAAUGAAACUGUCUGUAAUUUACCAUAUACUCAAAGACUACUUCUAGAUCAUAUUGGGCUACAACAAGAAGCAUCUUCUUCCUCAACUAAUCAAGCAAAUUUCAUAUCUACAAAGACUUAUGAACAGCUACUUCACUGCUUUCAAUACCUCAUUAAUUUGAAAAAUAAUGAACGGAAAGAAAAAAUGGCAAAAAUUAAUAAAACAAUUACGAAAUUGAAAGACACCAGAGAAAGAUUGCAAAAUGUGACAAAAGAUGUGAAGUUCAAAACAGCAGAAUACAACACUGCUAAGCUUAAAUCCGAGGAAUAUCUUGAAGUAAUCAUACACAAAGCAACCCAAGUUGAAAGCUUGAAGACACAAAUUGGACAGAACUUAGCAAUCAAAGCUAUUCUAGACAACCACCAGUUUACCAACUUUCUUGACCAAGCAGACAAUAAAGAACUCUUGACAAAUGAUGACUAUGAUUCCUAUGAUGAAGAAUUUCAUAGAUUAAUGGCAGAAAACCUGGAGAAGAAAGAAAACCAGAUUGAAGAAGAUCUGGCUAAAGCAAAAAAACAAAUCCCCUACAAAGAGAAAUGUGUUGAGCUAUCUAAAGAAAAGAUAUAUUUUUGGAAAAGUAAAAUAGACAGAAAUUGUAUAGAAAGCAUCAGAGGCUUUGCUAAUCCACCUAAUUUGGUUGUUCAUGUAAUAAACAUUGUUCUGAUAAUGACUGGCAAGCUAAAUCCCUUGACUUACUUCAAUAUAUCUGUGGAAGAUCAAGAAAUUCGGUUAAUAUCAUCAGGUCAUUAUAAAAACAAAUUCCAGAUCUCAUGGAAAGCUGUUCAACAUAUUCUAAGUGAAUCAAAGAAGUUUAUCAACCUGAUACACAAUUUUUCAUUUGAGCAAGGAUUAAAACCAUCAGUUAUACAAGCAAUAUCAUCAUAUCUCUCACCUCAAGAAAUACAAAUUAACUUACAAUCAAUCCAGACUGCUGUACAGUCAGAUACCUCUGUUCAGCAUGUCUGUAAAGUUCUACCAGGUAAUGGUAUCACUGUGGCAGAAGCUAAACAUGCUAGUAAAGAUGUUGCUAUUCUAUUGCAAUAUGUCCUAUCUUUAGUUGUUUACUCAACAUUCUGCAAGGAACUACAAGAACUGAAUGAAACUAUUAAAGAACUUGAAGAACAGAUCUUCAGAAAUAGCAAACAGAACUCAACACCUGACAAUGAGAUUGAAGUAACAUCUGGCUUGGAUAAUGACAUGGAGGUAGACUUCAAUAAAGAAGCCAUCCUGGUUCUUGAGAAAGAAAUUGAGAGUCUACAGAGGCCAUAUAGAGAAGCUGUUGAAUUAAAACAUAGUCUUGAAAAAGAACUACAAAACAAGAACGAUGAAAUAAAAGCCACAAGGCUUCUACUUGAGAGUCUGAAGUCAAAGGAAUCGGAAUGGUGUUCAGUUGUAGAGAAAGAGUCCAGUGAUACCUUAAUCUACAAUUGUAUAAUGGCAUCCUCCUUUCUUUCUUACUGUUCCCCAUUUAACAUUCAAACCAGAGAAAAGAUAUGCAAUCAGUUAAAAAAAAUAUGCUCUGAGCAUGGUUUUUCUCAAAACUGCCAUCAGGUUUUUGAAGAUUUGAGUCCACAUGAAUUUUUGUUCCCUCCUCUUCUAAGAGUUGAGCUUGAAUUAUCUUCUUCCCUACCUACAAGUAAGGUUUUCCUGGAAAAUUGCUGUUUCUUUGUGGAUGAUAAAAUGUGGACAACAUGGCCAAUAUUGUGUGACCCUAACUGUUGGGCUUUAGAAUGUCAGCAGAUCUUUUUGAAAAGCGACUUUGUUACUGUGCCUUUUAAUGCUUUGGACUCUCAACUAGAGAUGUGUUUGAAUGAAGGUCUCAUAUUAUUUGUUACUAAUUGUGAUUCUCAGAAACUACAUACUAAUCCACUACUUCUCUCAGUCAUCUUUGCUUACAGAAGGUUCAUACAAGCAACACACACCUUCAAGAUAUGGACUGGUGACCUUGAAGUAGAAUGCAACCCCUCAUUCCGACUCUACCUUCAUACAUCAAGUGAUGCCUCCUUAAUAUCUGAUACCCUCUCUCCAUAUCUGACCAUAAUCACAUUUUCACAGUCAUACGAGUGUUUAUACAAAGAUUUGUUCCUCAGAUGUAUUAACCAGGAAAAAUCUCAGCUCAAAGAUGAACGAAACCAUUUUUUACAAGAGAAAUGGGAUAAAACUAAGGAAUUUCUUGAAACUGAAGACAAGUUACUAAUGGGACUGUGUCAGGAAGUUGACCUGUUGAGGUCAAAGCAAACUGUUAAAGAAUUGACUGAACUGGUGAACCAGCAUAGUGAAAUUAAAGAACGAUUGUUAACUGUGUUAGAAGAAGAAGAGAAUAUUCUACGUGAAGCUACAGAACAUUUUUCCAUUCUUGCCAGUCAAGGAGCAAUAUGUUACCACACCAUGCAACACAUGAAGCAACUCUGUCCUCUUUACAGAUGCCCUUACUCAUCUUUCUUAAAACUAUUUAACUCGGUCAUUAAUGAAUUGGAUUGUACAAAUUCUCGUGAAGUUGCUGACCAAUUAACUUACCUGGCUAACCGAAACAUGAUCCAAACACUCAGAUAUCAAGAUCGAAUUGUUUUCACUUUAUUUCUAGCAUUUGAGAUUGACUCCUUGAAGGGUUACACCAUUACUGGUGAGCGAAAAUUUGUGAUAGAUCCUUUGACCACAUCUACUACAAAUUCAUCUCUGGAAAAUAUUGCAGCCCUCAAAAAUCCUUUUGAAUGGAUGCCUGAUGAAGUUUUCCACAACUUACAAAAUUUAGCUAUGAGAUUCAGCUGGUUUACUGAAAUUUUUGUUAAUCUGACCAAAGAAGGCAAAGAUUCUUCUUUGAAACUGUUGUUUGACUCCCAAUACCCUGAACAAUACAAUAGUCUUCCAACAAAACUGAAUGUUCUCACUCCAUUGCAAAUACUAUGCUUUUGGCGAGCAUUAAGACCAAAAGAAUUUUUACUAGAAGCUACUUCUUAUAUUAGUACUGUUCUUGGAAGCAAAUUUGUUACUAACUUUCUCCCGAACAUUCCACUUGUAGUCACCAUGACCAAUCCUACAUACCCCAUUCUUGUGCUUACCAACACCCAAAGUGGAGAAGCUGAUGUCUUCUUUUCAAAUUUUUUUAAAGGACAAAAAUAUGAAAUGAUUUCUUUACAUGUCUCAACCUGUUCUUCUUCGGCUGAGACAGCACUGAGGAAAUACAUCUGGCAGAAAAUGCCUCAGGACGUAUGGAUAAUUCUGAAGAAUGCUCACAAUUGGCCUUCACUCCUGUUGAAAGUCUCUUCAUGGCUCUUAGAAAAGACAGUACCAAAUCCUAUGUUCCGCUGUUGCUUGUCUGUUGAUGUAGACUUCAAAGAUCUUCCAACUCAACUUCUGGAUAGUUGUUUCAAAAUCUUUAUUAAUUCUCCAAUGCAUGCCAAAGACGACCUACAGUGGUCAUCCACUCAGUUGAAUCCAGAUAUUUUAAACAUGAACUCUAGUACACAUUGGCCAUUGCUUCUGUACAAUAUUUGCCUGUUGUAUACAACUUUUCACUUACGAACAAACAUGAUUCAUGGUUGGGCGAAUGCAGACGAUGUUGAAAAUAUUAACUCCACAGACUUGCAAGAAGCGAUAAAAUUUGCAGGAUUUGACUUCAGAAGAUUUUCAAAAUUGACCAUUCCCAGUGAUACACAGAUGCCUAUUUCUUUGUCUGCAAUCAGAUAUGUUUUUUCUGAGAUAAUAUUUGGUCGUUAUUUACAACAUACAAGAGAUCAGAUCUGUUUAAAAGGAAUGGUUGAAUAUCUCGUCUCAGCGAAUUCUCUCAAGAAGGACUUUGAAUAUAGCAAAUUGAAAUACACAGGUCUGACAGCUUUAUAUAAUAGUCCCAGGAAUUUGGCAAACCUUCAGCAAGAACUGGGCAAAAUACCAAACCAAUUUCUCACUUCACCACAAAUGUGCCACUUACAUAAGUAUCAAGAGGCAUUACCAAGAAAUGAAGAAUAUGUUCUGAAACAACUUGAUAUGUUGCUAACUACUCUACCACCAAAAACAUUCCAUUUACAGUCACAAACCUCACACAUGGCUUCAGUUGAUGGAGCAACUUCAGUACCACAGGUGAUAAAAUAUUGUCCAGAACAGCAAAUUCAAAACUGGAGAUCCUGUAUUGAAAUGUGGCAGUUAUGUGUGACAUUGAUAACCAAACUACCCAGAAACCUUUCAAAGGAAUAUCUUCUAAGCAGAAUGUCUAAACUUGGUGGCACCACAGUCUAUAACAAAUUUAUUCUGGAAGAAAUAUUUCUUCUCCAUAAAAUAGUUAAUGAAGUAAAGACAUCAGUCCAGGCUGUCAAAACUAUCUUUGAAGGAAAGGAUUUGGGCAGGAAGUUCUCUGAGGAGAUUGUAAAUGUAGCCAGAGAUAUCUUACAACAUAAAAUCCCUCACACUUGGAACAAACUGAUUGGAGAGACGGCCCCUCCAUGCACCAUUGACUUGAUGCAGUGGAUUCAACAGUUGCAAAAUAGAUCUCUUUUCCUUGAAAAAAUUAUUUAUUUUGGCCGAGAGAAAAUGCCUUCCUAUUGGCUAGGUGCUUUCUUCAGACCAAAAAUGUUUUUAUCCAUCUUCAGGAGAGAGUUUAUCUGCAAAAUGUCAAUUGAAAAUAAGGAUUAUGAAACAAUAACAGUUCAUACAGUGAUCACAGGAAGAGAUAAAGAUCAUAUACGAGAGCCACCAGCUGAAGGAGUUUUCAUUUAUGGAAUCUACGCAUGGGAUUUCUUUUGGGACAGAACUUCUGGACAGGUGUUAGAUACAGUUACAAAAGGAUCACCAACUCAAUUACCAAUAGUUCAUGUAUAUUACAGUCUGAAUGUGAAGGAGAACAUCUACCCAUGUCCUGUCUAUGGAUCGCGCUCCAAUGACAAUAAAUCAGUACUAGAGGUUGACAUUUAUAAAGAAAACACAUCACCAAUUCAUUGGUCCCUCCAAGGUAUUAUGGCAACUCUACAACCUUUCUAAAUUAUAGAUAACGUAAUUAUAGAUGUCAUCUGUAAAAAAAUAUAUGUAUUUCUAGGCUGGUGCAUUAAGAUGUUAUACCCUACUGCACUUCACAAUAUAUCUAUAGACAGGUGUAUAUCAGUGCUGCUAUGUUGAUAUUUCAUGAGCAACUGUGUAACCUCUUUAACUAUCCAGAGAUAAGCCCUUAGUAAUAAUGAGUUUGUAAGUAAACUUGAUGUACUGUGUAUGGCAUUGAAACAAAACACUAUAGAUGUUCUAGUAAUUGAACUCGCUAUCAAGAAUGUUUUAUAUAUGCAAACUGACCUAUCAGU